AUGCAAAAGCUCAACCUCAACAAGCCCUCUCAUAUCAUGCUCUGCUGGGCUGGAUUGACCAUUUCGGGAGCACUGUUCUACAAUGUGACAAAGAACGGCAUUUACAUCCGUAAGCGCGAACACGCAGUUCCUUCCGAGACCAUCCCUUCCCAGGCCCACCAAUUGUCAUGGGAAGACAGGAUCGCACAGGAUGAGGCCAACGCGGCCAAGAAGGGCUACAAGGUUGAUUACCGCGGCAUCCACAAGACCUCAACAGCGGAAGCAAAGGACGUCUAA